AUGACACUUGACAACCGCGGGGGCAGCGGCGCUCCCCCCGCAACAACUGAUCCCCACACUUCUACAGAUGACCCGCAUCACCCUGCAGAGCCCCAGCUGUCUGCUCAAAGCUCCUCUCAUAUCCAUGACCGUACUCCCCGUCCCACUACCCGUCGCAACCUCCGCAAGUCCCUCAGUUUGUCGUCUGACAGCCAUGGCAAUGCUCUCUCCUCAGAUGCUCUCUCCUUGAACUUCCCUUACGCACAUACCCUCACUUCUGACAGCCAUGACAACGCUCUCUCCUCCCUCAGUCUGUUUUCGGACAGCCAUGACAACACUCACACCUCACAUGACGCCAUCACUCCGAAAUCCGACGGCCGCCGAACGCCCUCCCGCGUGCGCUUCAACGCUGAGGUGGACGUUCUGAUGUUUGCUGACGUGGCAGCAGCUGCUGCUGCUGCUGACCUGGCGACCGCUCUUCAAGAUGUGGCAGCAGAGGGUGCUAACCGCUACAAGAACAAGCAUGGGCACGCAGCAGUGGGUGAAUAUCAUGAGAUUGCGCACGCACUUGGUAGUGACUCGGAAGGAGAGGAAGGAGAGGAAGGGGAGAUGGGUGAGCAGGAGAGGGAGCUGGUCUCGAGUGUUUCUCUCCCUCCCCUCAGCUUCUCCCUGCUGCUGGCUCAAGAGGGAACCAGCACUGCUGUCUCUUCACCCACCAGGUUCCCCCGCAGGAACUAG